AAUCCACCCCUCACCUCGAGAAGAAAAGGGUAAUUAAAAAAGAAACCCUCGUCUUUCUCGUGCCCUCCGCUCGGUCCCUCUCUCUCUUCUUCGGCCAUGGAGGAGCAGCAGGAGCCGCGGCAACGGCAGCCCCAAGCGGGGACGGGGCAGCGUAGGAAGGGGCAGAAGAGGAAGCUGGAGGAGGCGGUGGUGGUCGCUGCGUUGGCGGCGGAGGGAGGAAGGGAGGAGAUCUGCUGCCGACACUCGCAGCAAGACGUAGCUCGCGAGGUGAGGGCCCAGGUCGAGGUCCUCCAGCGCUCAUUCUCCUGGAGCGUCACCGAUCGCGCCGCCGCCAAGCGCGCCACCCACGUCCUCGCCGAGCUCGCCAAGAACGAGGAGCUGGUAAAUGUGAUCGUGGAAGCAGGAGCGGUGCCAGCGCUAGUGAUGCAUCUGGAGGAGCCAACGCUGCCAGGGCCAAGGGAAGGGAAUGCAGGUGGGGAGCUGCCCUUUGAGCAUGAGGUUGCGAAGGGGAGUGCAUUUGCUCUCGGUCUUCUUGCAGUGAAGCCUGAACAUCAGCAGCUCAUAGUUGAUGAGGGUGCUUUGCAUCUUCUCGUGAAUCUCCUAAAAAAGCGGGGAAAAGGUUCCAACUCUCGUGCAGUUAAUAGUGUGAUUAGGAGGGCAGCCGAUGCAAUAACUAAUCUUGCUCAUGAGAAUAGCAGCAUCAAAACCUUCAUUAGGCUUGAAGGUGGGAUCCCACCUCUCGUUGAAUUGCUGGAAUCCACGGAUUUGAAGGUACAGAGAGCAGCUGCUGGUGCCUUGCGUACAUUAGCAUUUAAAAAUGAUGAAAACAAGAAACAGAUUGUGGAAUGUAAUGCUCUUCCAACACUUAUUCUAAUGCUUCGAUCUGAGGAUGCUGCCAUUCACUAUGAGGCGGUAGGAGUCAUUGGGAAUCUAGUUCACUCAUCCCCGAACAUAAAGAAAGAAGUUCUUCUUGCAGGAGCUUUGCAGCCUGUGAUUGGAUUAUUAAGUUCAUGCUGUACAGAGAGCCAAAGGGAGGCAGCUUUAUUACUGGGGCAAUUUGCCUCAGUUGAUUCAGAUUGCAAGGUGCACAUUGUACAGAGGGGUGCAAUCCAGCCUCUAAUUGAAAUGCUUCAGUCUCCAGAUAUACAACUUAAGGAAAUGUCUGCCUUUGCUCUUGGAAGGCUGGCCCAGGACUCACACAACCAAGCUGGGAUUGCUUACAAUGGUGGUUUAGUGCCUUUGCUAAAGCUUCUUGACUCAAAGAAUGGCUCUCUACAGCAUAAUGCUGCAUUUGCACUUUAUGGAAUUGCAGACAAUGAGGAUAAUGUCUCUGAUUUUAUUAAGGUGGGAGGUGUUCAGAAGUUGCAAGAUGGAGAAUUUAUUGUUCAGGCAACCAAAGAUUGUGUAGCCAAGACACUGAGAAGACUGGAGGAGAAGAUUCAUGGACGAGUCUUGAAGCAUUUGCUAUAUCUGAUGCAUGUUGGAGAGAAGGCUGUUCAAAGACGAAUUGCUUUGGCUCUUGCUCACCUUGGUUCCCCUGAGGACCAAAGAACUGUUUUCAUUGAUAACAAUGGGCUUGAUUUGCUCCUUGAUCUUCUGGGCUCUGCAAAUUUAAAGCAGCAGCAAGAUGGUUCCGUUGCACUGUACAAGUUGGCUGAUAAAGCCAUGUCACUCUCUCCCAUGGAUGCAGCCCCUCCAUCCCCAACGCCACAGGUAUAUCUCGGUGAGCAGUUCGUGAACAAUUCCACACUCUCAGAUGUUACCUUUCUAGUCCAAGGCAAGCAUUUCUAUGCACACAGAAUUGCUUUGCUUGCUUCUUCAGAUGCAUUUCGUGCAAUGUUUGAUGGCGGUUACAAGGAGAAGGAUGCAAGGGACAUCGAGAUUCCAAACAUAAGAUGGGAAGUAUUCGAGUUGAUGAUGAGAUUUAUAUAUACUGGAUCAGUUGAGGUUACAACAGAUAUUGCACGAGAUCUUCUUAGAGCUGCUGAUCAAUAUCUUCUAGAGGGUCUUAAACGCCUAUGUGAAUAUGCCAUUGCACAGGACGUGAACCUGGACAACGUCUCAAGUAUGUAUGAAUUGUCCGAGGCUUUCAAUGCCAUGUCAUUGAGGCACACCUGUGUACUGUAUAUUUUAGAGCAAUUCGACAAGAUAAUCAUCAGGCCUGGGCAUUCCCAUCUGAUCCAGCGGAUAAUCCCAGAGAUUCGCAACUACUUCUCUAAAGCACUCCGGCCAAACAGGAGUACCCGACCAUGAAUGUUUUUUGCUGACACCCAUCAACCAGCACCCGUUUAUGGGGACUGUACAGUUGGAACCUCUGUGGUAGCGGAAUGGAGCGUGUUGACUAUUUGAACCAGUCAUUCUCACUAAUGCUACUCAUUGAUCACUGUAAUGUUGGAUUUGAGCCAAUAACACUCGAUGUUUCCAAUCUUAUUAGAAAUGUUCUAAUGGUUAUGGAAGACCAUAUGGUAUUGGUAUUUCAGAGAAUUUAAUAUUACCGAAGAUCUAAGCCUCUGGUGUUUGGGGCGAGGAUGCUGAUUUGCGAA